UGGUUUGACAGGCAGUCGAGGUUGCAGCAGGCAGAGGGAGACGGUGGAAGGUAAGCAGGGAGGCAGCAUCAUGGCGGACAGAGACAGUGGCAGUGACCACGGAGGGCCCGCGGCAGGCCCCGGCUCGCUGCCUCCGGGCGCGAUGGGCGCCGUGUCGCGUCUGCAGCACGACACCGAAGAGCUCGCCUCGAAGCGCGUCGACAUCCAGAACAAGCGCUUCUACCUGGACGUGAAGCAGAAUGCUAAAGGCCGCUUCCUAAAGAUAGCCGAGGUCGGGGCUGGGGGAAAUAAGAGCCGCCUCACUCUCUCCAUGUCUGUGGCCGUGGAGUUCCGCGAUUAUCUCGGCGACUUUAUCGAACAUUACGCCCAGCUAGGCCCGAGCAACCCGGACAUUGUGCAGGAUGAGCCUCGACGCGCGCUCAAGAGCGAAUUUCUGGUACGGGAGAAUCGGAAAUAUUACAUGGAUCUGAAAGAGAACCAGAGGGGGCGGUUCCUCAGGAUCCGACAGACCGUUAAUCGGGGGCCCGGAUUGGGAAGCGCACAAGGCCAGACCAUCGCUCUACCGGCCCAGGGGCUGAUCGAGUUCCGCGACGCUUUGGCCAAACUCAUCGACGACUACGGGGUAGACGAAGAGCCGGCGGAGCUGCCCGAGGGCACCUCGUUGACGGUCGACAACAAGCGCUUCUUCUUCGACGUGGGCUCCAAUAAAUACGGCGUCUUCAUGCGGGUCAGCGAGGUGAAGCCCACCUACCGGAACUCCAUCACGGUGCCGUGCAAAGUGUGGUCCAAAUUCGGCAACACCUUCUGUAAGUACGCGGACGAGAUGAGGAAGAUCCAGGAGAGGAGUAGAGAGAAGCGCGCCUCCGAGCUGCUCCCCGAGGGGCCGCACGGGGGCGACGAGGGAGACGACGACUGACGCGGAGCCGCACGCGGCGGCGGAGGCGGAAAAGAAGAAGAAGAAGAAGAAGAAGAAGAAGAAGAAGAAGAAGAAGAAGAAGAAGAAGAAGAAGAGCGAAAAGAGAUGAUGAAAAAAUACAUGAACCACGCAAACAAAAAACUGAACUUAAAGAAAAAUAACAGACUUUAACUGUAAAAUAGAGACGAGAGAAUUCCAAGGGAAUCACCCCCACCAUCACCACCACCAACAACACUACCACCAUCCCCCCCCCACCCUCCCCCUCUCUCCCAUCUCCCCCCCCCCCCCCCCCCCCCCCACAACCUCCACAGACAUGGCAGCGCCUCGGCUGUCACCUCCUCGCGCAUUGUACUGGACGCCCCCCCCCCCCCUCCCCACUGACCGACCGUGCUGCUACCAAGACUCACCUGUAAGAUAUGAACUGUUGUUUUUACCUACUUGAUCUAAACGUGAAAAUGAACUGAGUGUAUCGACCACACCACAGAUUUUGCACACCUUCGAAGCUAUUUCGAAUCAAAUGAUUUUCAAAAUGGUAAAAAAAAAAAAGAUGAUGAUAAUAAUAAUAGAGAGCUAUAUUAAGAUUUAAAAACAAAAAACGAAACCAGAUAUAUAUCUAUUAAUACAGAGGAUACCGAAAUAACUACAACAAAUUACGGUCUUAAAGUAUAAAGUUUAAAGAGUAUUUGACAUCAGCACAAAGAGAAUAUAUAUUGUGGACUUUCUAAAAACCAAAAUUCAAACAACAGAUGCGAAGUUUAUUAUAUUCGUAGCCUAGAAUAAAGAUGAGCGCUUAAAGAGUGUGACAGGCGCACCACAGGCUUAUUAACGCUCAGCAUGCAGAGAUUCAUGUCUGAAUAGACCUUUUAGUAAGAUAGGCUUUAGUCUUUAUUUUAACCCAAGAGUAGCUGGCUAACGGCAUCCUUUUGUCCAUGCUAUUAUGGGAUUGGUUAGAAAUCAAACGACUAGCCUGUGUUGCGUGUGAAUGAACGGGAUUCGUGUAUCUCUGUGCGCUACUAUUCAGCAUCCGAUCUCGUGUCACCAUGUCCAUAUAAACUUAAUGAAAAAAGUGCUAACUUAGAUGUACUAAUUAUGAUUUUGUGAAUCAGCAGUUAAAAAAAAAAAAAUCAUUUUUAAAAUGCCCACGUUUUCUGCGGGUAAAAUACUUCUCCUUUUCCCCUUCUGGAAGGAUGGGGAUGCGAAACGAUACGGCCCACCUGUGGGAGCGCCAGGCGCGGAAAACAAAACAAAAAGUUGCGUUAGCGCAGCGCGCGUCCAAGGCAUCCUCUCUGACGUCAUUACAACUCGGUGCCUUAUACACUCCACUCGUUUACGUGUCCUCACGUGGUCCGUACGUUUCAUUUAUGAGCGGCGUAGGCCAGGAAGUGCGAGGCUGUGUUUGACGCUUGUUGCGUGCCGGCCCCCAUCUUCUUCGCAUUUAAACGACGUGAACACACUGGGAGGCUUCCCAGCUGUGAUAAGGAGUGAAACGGAGGCGGUUUCUGCCCUGUUCAGGACAGCCCCAGGAGGAUGAGGCCAGGCCGAGGCUGUGGGGGGGCCUGUGGGGUGUGUAGGCCUGCAUGGCACCAGGUGGGACCACCGCGGUGACACCAGCUGAGGGGGGAGGGGGGGGGGGGGGGGGGCGUGGGGCACCACCGGCACCCUAGCGUUAAAAGCGGUCGCCGGCCCGGGGUUGGAUGAGGACAUCCGUCAGAGUGGAGGUAGAUGCUGCAUAGAGAGCCAGGCCAGGCCACGGAGAGAGCCAGGCUAGGCCCUGUAGAGAGGCAAGGCCCUCCACACCGAGAACCCCGCUGUGGUAAAGACGUGUGUCCCCUGAGAGCCAGGGCCCAGGCAGUAUCUCUCUCCUUAUGGUGCUACAGCCCCUUGAUAGUUCCCAGGGGGCCCUCGCCUGUCACUUUUGCAUUAUUAUUAUUCUGAAUAUUAUUAUUAUAAAGGUUAUGCUUUUUGUUGUCCUCAAAAGUUGUAUACACAUUUGAUUGCCCAGUGUAGUGACGUGUCGGGCUCCUUCUCUCCCUCUCGCUCGGGCGGCGGGGGGGUCCACUGGCUGAGGCUGGACGUUUCUUACUAGUGUGCAAUAUUGUGUACGUGCCAAUAGUGGCAUUGUAUCACAUGUAUAGACUCUUAUUAAAACAUAUAUGUAAAAAAAGAUGUAUAGGCUAUGUGAUCGAUAGAUAUUUGAGAAGCAUGACAACGAGGUUGAUAAUUCUGCAUCAUAUUACCGAAAUGUGAAGUCUUUCUCCUGAGGCACUUGCUCUUAUGUGGGAGUUCAUCCUAUAGCGAAAGAAAAAACGUCAAAAAAAUAACUUGUCUGAGUGAUGGUGAGGUGGGCUGCCUCGUCUGUUCUCGGUGUAGACUAGUCUCAGUGUUUUGCGUUUCCCCUCCCCUGUAGAAUUACCCCCUGGGCAAAAAAGCAAGGUCAAGCCCAGUCCACGUCUCUUUCUUGGACACUUUACACACUGAGCAGAGAGUUUAGGAAGACCCUCCAUUAUGUCUCCUAUGUCACGUUCUCUGUAACGGCAUAACAGUGGAGCAUCAUGGGACUUUGAGUCCCUGUCCUUGGCUAGCACGCACACAGACACACAGACGCGUGCGCGCGUGACACGGCAACACAUUAAAAUGUAAUGCCCCCUCUCCCUUCCCAUGGCCUCUCUCCGCUAACAGCGAGUAUCCACUGGUGAAUAUUGAAUACAGCGUUAUAGAAUUGCCCUCUUUAACAAACAGAAAACAACGGCCGUGCGUGGCCAGAGGAAGACAGUCUUCCUGUGUGCGGGCUUUGUGCGGGGCGGUUGUUAGCAGGUGAGGCUGAGAGGCAGCCCUUUGAGUCGGGCUGUCUCUCCGCCUGCGUCAGGGCCCGAGGACAGCUCAGCGGUGGCAACGGCGGGUCACUGAGUUCGUUGUUCGCUUUCCUUUUUUUUCUCUCCUUUAUUUUCUCCCCUUCCCGCUCGGAGGGGGCGCGCUCCUUCCAGUGCUGCUGAUCGCUCUCUCGAUCGAAAGGCCCGCCCGGUGAAAUUGUGUUCAUAAAACACAAACGCAUUUCCAUUUUGAUUUGGAUAAUCCCCACGACGACUCACUCCUUUACGUAGCAACAGCACCUAACAGACUCGGCAGAAUAUUCCUUUGGCUUCGACCCGGUUGACCUCAAACCGUUUGUCUGCGCAUUAGUUAACAAUCAGCGAGGGCGCAGAGUGAGCUGCUAACUUCCCCCUAUCAGGUUUAUUUAAAGUAGGCUGGAUUAGAUAGGUCUUAUACCAGCCAGGCACAGCCAGACCGAUCACCAGAAAGUGACCUGCCACCAGCCGGGGAGAGGCGGAGAGGGACAGACAGAUCCAGACGCCUGGGUGGGUGUGUGUGUGUGUGUGUGUGUGUGUGUGUGUGUGUGUGUGUGUGUGUGUGUGUGUGUGUGUGUGUGUGUGUGUGUGUGUGUGUGUGUGUGUGUGUGUGUGUGUGUGUGUGUGUGUGUGUGUGUGUGUGUGUGUGUGUGUGUGUGUGUGUGUGUGUGUGUGUGUGUGUAAAAGGCCCCAGCAGGUAGACAGCCCUAUUAAUGUUACUGAAAAGCCCAGGCGCUGUCUGCCCUGCCAGAGAACCUGUGCCAGUGCACAUCUGGGGCUAAAACAGAAACAAAAUGCCCUAAUCCGAUCCUCCUCAUUCUCCCUCUGUUUCUCUCCCUUCUCCAUCUUUCUAUAAACUUGAUUUAUUCCCGAUGGAGCUCGGCUGUUUUGAUGGAGCCAAGGAAAUAGUUGGAGUGCGGGGGGGGGGGGGGGGGGGGUGGUUAGAUCCCAUCUGGCUGCAGCAGGGUGUUUCGGGGUCCAAAGUUUGUCUCAAGAGUGCUGCUGAAAGGCCCAGAGAAGCCUGGCACUGCACUGUGGACGGCAGCCCGAGUGUGUGGAGGAGGGUGGGAUUAGUGGCUCAGUCGCUCCCCUAGUGGACCACCACGGCACUUCUAUUUCCUCGUUACCUUAUCCUGUCCUCGUUCCAGGAAGCGAAGAAAGGCAGUAACCUGGGCUUUGACGCGUCCCCACAUCACGGGGCGGCGGGUUGUGAUUGGGUCGGCCCUCGGAUCUGCACAUCCUCUGCUGAUCCCAGGAAAUAGUUCUCUGGCCUCACGUUGAUUUGAAAUGAAGCCUCCUGUAGGCCACACUAAGAACUGGAAAUCAAAAAGAAAAGUCACGUUCCUCUUCUCUUUUCCCUUCUCCCCCAUUGGCCAAAUAUAGUCUGCAUCUGCUUAUCGACUUCACUUUUUGCCUCACUCGAAAAGCACUUUUUUCCUUCCUCCCAAAGUUUCAAAAGGUUGUCUUUUCUCCUUGCAGAGAGUUAUUAAAAGGGGUGAGGCUAAACAGGCUGUUACGUCUGUGACCACGACAUGAUGUCCACCGAAUCAUGCAAACUUCUUCAGUCAUUUCGGGUCAGUGAGGUGGUGACUCUUGCACGUUACACUAAAGUGCGGGAAAAUUCACACACAAGGUUGAGUGACAAAGAGCAGAGAGAUCUCUUGUCGAUCACAUGACUACUGUCAGCUGUGUCACAGCUCUGUCAAGAGCGGAAAACAGAACAAUCUUCUGGGCAUAUUCUUCACUAACAUGUUUGACGAGAGCUUUCUUCCCAGACACUCAUCCACACUCAGUGGGGCCUGCAAGGGUCUGGCUCUGCCAGAUUAGAAACUACAAAGAUGGCCGUGCAUGCACUCGGGUGCAUUUAAAAAAAUAAGAGAAUGAUCGUUAAAAUGGUGCAAACGAGAUGCAGUCUAAUCUAGACUAUAGGAGUGUGCACAGAGUCCUACUUAAAAUAAACCAGGAGGUGACCUUGCAGCCAUGUUGCAUAGGCCUACCCACAAUGCACCCUGAUCUGUAUACAAGGAUUCAAGUUCAAAAUGGAAGGUUAUUUUCUCACUUUCAGACGUGUUUGCUUUGAAAUGUCAGUUAUCAAGUGGUGCGGUGUCACCGCGGCUCGGAGCAGCAUGAGCGCGGCAGAGGACACGCCGAAGGGAGGAGGCUGCGAAUGACCUAUUAAGCGUAAUAUAAGGCAAUCGCGAUAACUUCCAAGGCCCUAGUCAAAACCCCCUACUCUGCGACUAUUUUUCCUUAGAACUGCUGUGCUUGCUACUACUCCUGUUGAUGUGUGUUUCUUUUAAUGAUUUUGUCGGACACGCGUAUGGUGAUGCGAAUCUGGUAACGGUCUUAUCAAUCAAUGAUCAAACCAGUCCUGGAAACGUUUUACUGGUCAAAUAUUGUUGCAUGUGGUCCAUGCACAAAACUAGUACUGUUGUCAUGGCUACAUUUGUAGGUGUGUUUGUGUGUGUGAGUGUGUGUGUGUGUGUGUGCGUGUGUGUCUAUUGAUCUGCUUAUCAUUGCAGUGUGCAACAUGGGACUAUUCAUGGCUGAUGUAUCUGACUGUAAUGUAACACAUGUUCAAAUCGAAAUAUCACCCUUCUGUCUGGCUUUGCUCUAGCAAACCCUUUCAGACGGCCGACUCCAAACAACCACAAGGUGUUCCACACACUGGCCCACCGCGCAAGUGCUGGCGAUUUUCUAUUUUGUUUGUUUUUGAUUUCUUUUGAACCGGCCAUUUACACUUCCAGAUGCUCGCACAGCCAAUCAGAGCCUCUGGUCCAAGCCAAGCACUCUAUGACACAUCAGAAACAAUGGAGAGAAUGCAGUGGUUGAGUUCCCCACGUCCUCCGUUUGCACAGAUUAUUAUAACUAGGGUCCAUCAUGUUUGCAGACUGUAUAGGCUACUGUUGUGUGUAGUAAAAAAAAAAAAAAGGAAUGGUACCUGAAAUGUUUUUGAAGACAUUAUGAAUAUGAUGUUGGAAAUUAAUCCUGGAGCUGAAGGGGUGGGUUCCAUGCACAAAAACCAUAUCCAUGUCACCAUAUGGUCAGAUCCCCUUACCAUCCCCCAUAUGAAAUGAUAUGUUGUAUCUUUCAACAAAUAUUUUAUCUGUGGCGUGUGUGUAUAUAAAUAUAUAUAUAUAAAUAUAUAUAUAUAUAUAUAUAUGGUUUGUUAUAUAUGAUGCUCCUCCUUUCAAAAAAUAUACAAUGUUAACAGGAAAAACAUAUUGCUGUUUUUUUCCUUCGUAUUUUAUACUUACAGAAAGCAUUGAAUAAAAAAAUGGAUAAAUACUUGCACUUUAGAUAUAUUAAGAAAAAUUAAAAAAUCUGCAUAUUAUUUUUGAUAGGGAUCUCACAUUCAAAGAGUAUAAAUUGCAGGCUUUGUGACUAUUGCUGGACAGAGAUGUACUGAGUUGUACUUAUUGAAAUAUAUUUUGUCUGUGUGUCAGAAGGGUUACUAAAGUAAAUUGCAUGAUUAAGUAGUGCUACACCGAUAUUGUUCCUUUUUUCUUUUUCUUUUGGUAAAAACGUCUGAAAAACUGUGAUAACAAUCCUCUUGUAUCAUGUCCCCCCUCCUCUCCGCGCCCGGCCCCUGAUCCCCCCACCUUCUAGAGUAUUCCCCAGUGGAAUACGGCCUUUUUCCCUGACAUGAAGAUGGUGCUUACUUUGGCUUUGACAUCCAGCUCAUCCUAAAACAUCCUAACAUCAUUCUAACUGGCGUCAUCACUCCUCAUUUAUUUCUGUUUAUGUACUCUCACUACCUUAUUAAAUUUCCUUUGAUGGCAAAGAAAGGCUGUGUUGUUUUGUACGUUGCUGUUUGUUUUGAUGUUGAGGAAGCUGUCGUCUGAAUAACCGCGCAAUAAAGAGUCCAUUCCA